CCUUGGCGGACUUGUGAACUUACAAAGUGCCACUGACUUGUGCCUCAACGCCAAUCCCUUGCCAUGGCCAAACUAGAGACUAUCUCCGUCCUGAGUGACCCCAGCUACCACAGCCAGGAAUCCUUCCACUCCUUCGAGUCCAGGGUCUCCGAGCCCGCCUCCCAAGGCACUAUGGGAAGCGUGGGCAGCGGUGUCUCCAACGAGCAGGAGUUUGCCAUGAAGAGCGUGGGCACCCGGACUCAGAACAACAGCCGGCAAAUCGACGGCUCUCGGAACAGCUACUCCACCCGGGAGAUCUCCAACCGCUACUCCGGCGAGGAGAAGACCUACAGGACAGAGAAGAUCUCCAACUCGAUAUACAUCAACGGGGACCUGCGCAAGAGCGAGAAGGGGAAGACGGACCUUUGCGGGAACGUGGCGGCCAACAACGAGAAAAACAUGCCCCCUCUUCCCCAGUACAGAGAAUCCAGUAACCCACCAAAGAUAUUGCCAGUCUCUGGUAAACUGGACCAGAGCAACGAGCCCUUAGUUAGACCUUCAGCCUUUAAGCCAGUAGUUCCGAAAAACUUCCAUUCCAUGCAGAACCUGUGCCCGCCCCAGAGCAACGGGAUCACGGAGAACCGCAAGACUUUGAAUCACACCCACAGCAAUAGCCCUUCCACUGUCAAAAGCGGCCUGGAAAAGCCAGGCCUUAACAGGACUACCAACCAAGCGGGCGGCCUGUCCGAUUCCGGCCGCAACUCCUUGACGAGCUUGCCCACCUACGGCACGGGCUACAGCCAGCACAUCGGCCCGAUGAGCGCCUCGACCAGCCACAUCAACCGCAUCGGCACCACGUACGCGGAGAAGAGCAUCGUGGGAUACAACGGGGAUAUCUACCUCAGACAGCGGUGCGGUCCUUCCAGCAAGAGCACUUCCUCCUUCAGCGGCUCAACCAUCUCAGUGAAACUGCCUUUCCAUUCUCCUUCCACGGACGACAUCAUCCAAGACCUGGAAGACCGGCUGUGGGAGAAGGAGCAGGAGGUUCUCCAGAUGAGGCGGAACCUAGACAAGAGCGAGGCGGCCAUCUACCAGGUCUUCGAGGAGAAGCAGAAGAUCUGGGAGCGCGAGAUGGAGGACCUCCGGCAAAACUACGCCAACAAACUUCAGCAGGUCUCCAAGAGCCAGAGGGCUCAGCAGGCGUUGCAGCUGCAGAUCUUCAAGCUCCAGCAAGAGAAGAAGAAGCUCCAGGACGACGUGGGGCAGCUCCUUCAGCAGCGGGAAGAGCUGGAGAAGAAGUUCGUGGCGUUCAAAAAGGAGCAGGCCGAGUUCCUUCCCAAGAUCGAGGAAACCAAGUGGGAGGUGUGCCAGAAGGCGGGCGAGAUCUCUCUGCUGAAGCAGCAGCAAGACUCCCAAGCCGACGUCUCCCAGAAGCUGAACGAGAUCGUCGGGCUGCGGACGCAGCUGAAGGAAGGCAAGAGCUUCCUCCGGGAGAAAGAGGAGCAGCUCCUGAACCUGAAGGACUCCUACAGCAACAAGAGCGUCAGCCUGGAGCUCUGCGAGGGCGAGCUGCAGCGGAAGAUGGGCGAGGUCCAGGUGCUGAGGGAGAAGCUGGCCCAGUGCGAACUGGAGGUCUCCGACCUGAAGCAGACCUUGACCAGCCUGGGGGGACCUCGGGGCCACCCGGACGCCGAGCUCCCGGAGAAGCUCGCAAGGGACACCCCGGGCUGCGAGAGCGACGAGGCCAAGAUGAAACGGCAGGCCGAGGAGAGCCUGGGGGGCCUGAAGAAGGAGGCGGAGAGGCUGCAGGCCGAGCUGAAGGCCGAGCGGCAGCAGCGGGAGCAGCAGGUCGUGGACUUUGAGGAGGAGCGGCGCACGUGGCAGGAGGAGAAGGAGAAGGUCAUCAAGUACAGCAAGAAGCAGCUGCAGCUGAACUACGUGGAGAUGUACCAGAAGAACCAGAUGCUGGAGCACCGCCUGAACGAGAUGAGCAGCAAGGCGGCCACCCCGCCGCACGCCGAGGACAAAAAGACGUGGACUCCCUCCCGCCUGGAGAGGAUAGAGUCCACGGAGAUCUGA